AUGGCCCUGGGCCUGUGGGUCUUCGGUCUGUUGGCCUCAGCCUGCUUGGUGUCAGCCAACAUCUUUGAAUACCAGGUGGACGCCCAACCUCUUCGUCCCUGCGAGGUGCAGAGGGAAAGCGCCUUUCUGAAGCGAGCAGACUACGUUCCCCAGUGCGCAGAAGAUGGCAGCUUCCAGACUGUCCAGUGCCAGCACGAUGGCCGCUCCUGCUGGUGUGUGGGUGCCGACGGCAGGGAAGUGCCUGGCAGCAGGCAGCCUGGGCGACCCACGGCCUGCCUGUCCUUCUGCCAGCUGCAGAAGCAGGAAGUCUUGCUGAGCACCUACAUCAACAGCACGACCGCUGCCUACCUCCCUCAGUGCCAGGACUCGGGGAGUUACACGCCAGUGCAGUGUGACGUGCGGCGGGAGCAGUGCUGGUGUGUGGACACCGAAGGGAUGGAGGUGUACGGGACGCGGCAGCAGGGGAGGCCGAGGCGCUGUCCAAGGAGCUGUGAAAUAAGGAACCGCCGUCUUCUCCACGGGGUAGGCGACAAGUCGCCACCCCAGUGUUCUCCAGAUGGAGAGUUUUUGCCCGUCCAGUGCAAGUUUGUCAACACCACAGACAUGAUGGUUUUCGACUUGGUCCAUAACUACAACAGGUUUCCAGAUGCAUUCAGGACGUUCAGUGCGUUCCGAAGCAGGUUCCCCGAGGUGUCUGGCUAUUGUCACUGUGCCGACAGUCAAGGGCGGGAACUGGCCGAGACAGGUUUGGAGCUAUUACUCGAUGAAAUUUACGACACCAUUUUUGCUGGCCUGGACCUUGCUUCCACCUUCACUGAAACCACCCUGUACCGGAUAUUGCAGAGACGGUUCCUAGCAGUUCAAUUAGUCGUUUCUGGAAGAUUCCGGUGCCCCACAAAAUGUGAAGUGGAGCGGUUUACAGCAACCAACUUUGGUCACCCCUACAUUCCCAGCUGCCGCCGAAAUGGAGACUACCAGGCAGUGCAGUGCCAGAGGGAAGGGCCGUGCUGGUGUGUGGAUGCCCAAGGAAAGGAGGUCCAUGGGACUCGGCGGCGAGGGGAGCCGCCGUCUUGUGCUGAAGACCAUUCCUGCACCUCAGAGAGGCGGCGGGCCCUGUCCAGACUGCACUUUGGGCCCUCAGGCUACUUCAGCCAACACAACUGGUUCUUGGCUUUGGAGGAGAGACAGGCCUCUCAGAGAGCAGCCAGAUUGGCCACGUCCUGCCCACCCUCGAUCAAGGAGCUCUUUGUGGACUCUGGGAUUCUCCGCCCAAUGGUAGAAGGGCAGGAUCAACAGUUUUCAGCCUCCGAGAGUCUCCUCAAAGAAGCCAUCCGAAUGAUUUUUCCCUCCCGAGAGCUGGCUCGUCUUGCCCUUCAGUUUACCACCAACCCAACGCGACUCCAGCAAAACCUCUUUGGAGGGAAAUUUUUGGUGAAUGUUGCCCAGUUUAACUUGUCUGGAGCCCUUGGCACAAGAGGCACAUUUAACUUCAGUCAGUUUUUCCAGCAAGUUGGUCUCCCAGGCUUCCAGAAUGGAGGGGGACUCGUAGAUCUAGCCAAGCCCCUGUCAGAGAGAUUGGAUUCGGAUCCUGCUGUGGAAACCCCUGGAGCCUCUAAGAAGGGUGGUGCUAUGAAUAAGCCAAUUGUGGGCAGCUUUGGCUUUGAAGUCAACUUACAAGAGAACCAAAAUGCCCUGAAAUCCCUUGCUUCGCUCCUGGAGCUUCCAGAAUUCCUUCUCUUCUUGCAACAUGCCAUUUCUGUGCCAGAAGAUAUAGCGAGGGAUUUAGGUGACGUGAUGGAAGUGGUGCUCAGCUCGCAGGGCUGUGAGCAGGCAGCUGGCAGCCUUUUUGUCCCAUCAUGCACGGACGAAGGAAGCUAUGAGGAUGUCCAGUGCUUUGCUGGAGAGUGCUGGUGUGUGGACUCCCGGGGCCAAGAAAUUUCUGGCUCAAGGGUUAGAGGUGGACGACCAAGGUGCCCCACAGAGUGUGAAAAGCAAAGGGCUCAGAUGCAGAGCCUCUCGGCCAGCCAGCCAGCAGGGUCCAGUCUGUUUGUCCCUUCUUGUACCAGCGAGGGGCAUUUCCUGCCUGUCCAGUGCUUCAACUCCGAAUGCUACUGUAUUGACUCUGAGGGGCAGGCUAUCCCUGGGACUCGAAGUGUACCUGGAGAACCCAAGCAGUGCCCCACGCCCUGUCAGUUACAGGCUGAGCAAGCCUUCCUCGGGGCAGUACGGUCCCUGGCCUCCAAUUCCAGCAUGCCGCCCACUCUCUCCAGUGUCUACAUCCCACAGUGCAGUGCCAGCGGGCAGUGGAGUCGCAUGCAAUGCGACGGGCCCCCUGAGCAGGCCUUCGAAUUGUAUGAACGAUGGAGGGCUCAGAACGACGGUGGCCAGGAGCUGACCCUUGAUGAGCUGCUAAUGAAGAUCAUGAGUUAUAGAGAAGCAGCUUCCGGAAGCUUCCGUCUCUUUAUUCAAAGUCUGUAUGAGGCUGGCCAACAAGGCAUCUUCCCUGGGUUGGCAAGCUAUUCUUCUCUCCAAGAGGUCCCACAGGCAGUGUUGGAAGGGAACCGGACCCAGCCUGGAGAGAGCACCCUCCUGGAGCCCUACCUCUUUUGGCAGAUCCUAAGUGGCCAGCUCGGCCGAUACCCAGGGCCCUACUCAGACUUCAGCGCUCCUUUGGCGCACUUUGACCUUCGGACCUGCUGGUGUGUGGAUGGAGCUGGUCAAGAACUGGAAGGCACCCGGACUGAGCCAAGCAAGCUCCCAGCAUGCCCAGGCUCCUGUGAGGAGGUGAAGCUCCGUGUGCUGCAGUUCAUUCAGGAAACAGAAGAGAUUGUCUUGGCUUCCAACAGUUCUUGGUUCCCUCUGGGAGAGAGUUUCCUAGCGGCCAAGGGCGUCCGGCUGACCAACGAGGAGCUCGCCCUUCCUCCAAGCUCCCGGUCCCGGGAGACUUUCUCAGAGAAGUUUCUGAGCGGGAGCGAUUACGCCAUUCGUUUGGCAGCUCAGUCUACCUUUGACUUCUAUCAGAGCCGCCCCCGGGGAGAUUCUUCACCGGCAUCUGCCCUGCUGCGGUCAGGCCCCUACGUGCCCCAGUGUGACGCAUUUGGAAGCUGGGAGCCCGUGCAGUGCCAUGCCAGGACUGGGCACUGCUGGUGCGUGGACAGGAUGGGCGACUACGUCCCGGCUUCACUGACGGCCCGCUCCCCCCAGGGCCCCCGGUGCCCCACCACCUGUGAGAAGUCUCGAGCCAGUGGGCUGCUUUCCAGUUGGAAACAAGCUGGGGCCCAAGGAAACCCAUCUCCAAAAGACCUGUUCAUCCCAACCUGCCUAGAGACAGGAGAGUUUGCCAGGCUUCAGGUGUCGGAGGCUGGCAUCUGGUGUGUGGACCCGGCCUCAGGAGAGGGCACCCCGCCUGGCACGAAUGGCAGUGCCCAAUGCCCCGGCCUCUGUGAAGCACUCCGGAGUGGCGCCCUGUCCAGGACAGCCAGCCCAGGCUACACGCCAGCCUGCAGGGCAGAGGACGGAGGCUUUUCCCCAGUGCAAUGCGACCCGGCCCAGGGCAACUGCUGGUGUGUCCUCGGCAGCGGAGAGGAGGUGCCAGGGUCCCGCGUGGCCGGGAGCCCACCAGCCUGUGAGAGCCCACAGUGCCCACUGCCGUUCGAUGUGUCACAUGUGGCUGGUGGAGUGGUCCUGUGUGAGCGAGCCGCGGGCCCAGGAGGGGCUGUCCAGCAGUGCCAGCUGCUGUGCCUCCAAGGCUACCAGAGUGCGUUCCCACCAGGGCCGCUGGUGUGCAGCCUCGAGAACAGACGCUGGGUGUCACAGCCGCCUCCGCUCCGGGCCUGCCAACGACUCCAGCUGUGGCAGACCCUCCAGACCCAAGCCCAGUUCCAGCUCCAACUCCCGCCGGGUAAGAUGUGCAGUGCUGACUACGCAGGUUUGCUGCGGGCUUUCCAGGUCUUCAUAUCAGACGAGCUCACGGCCCGUGGCUUCUGCCACAUCCAGGUGACGACUUUCAGGACCUCCAUUUCCAUUCCCGUCUGCGACGACUCCACGGUGCAGGUGGAAUGUCUGACCCCCGAGCGUUUGGGCGUGAAUGUCACGUGGAAACUGCAGCUUGAGGAGGUCCCCCCGGCCUCUCUUCCUGAUUUGCAUGAUGUUGAGGAGGCCCUCGUGGGCAAGGAUCUUGUUGGGCGCUUCGCAGAUCUGAUCCAAAGUGGAGCGUUCCAGCUUCAUCUGGAUUCCAACACAUUCCCAGCAGACACCUCCAUCCACUUCCUCCAAGGAGAUGGCUUUGGCACCUCUCCCAGGACACGAUUUGGGUGCUUGGAAGGAUUCCACCCGGUGUCAGCCACCAGCAAUGCAAAUCAGGACCCUCUGGGGUGCGUUAAGUGUCCCGAAGGAAGCUAUUUUCAGAAUGAGCAAUGUAUUCCUUGUCCUGUUGGAUUCUACCAAGAACGAGCAGGGAGCUUGAGCUGUGUCCCAUGUCCCGUGGGCAGAACGACCAUCUCGGCUGGAGCUUUCAGCCAGACUCACUGUGUCACUGACUGUCAGAGGAAUGAGGUGGGCCUGCAGUGUGACCAGGAUGGCCGGUUCCGAGCCAGCCAGAGCAACAGGGACAGUGGGAAGGCCUUCUGUGUGGAUGGCGAGGGGCAGAGGCUGCCGUGGUCGGAGACGGAGGCCCCACUCGUGGACGCCCAGUGUCUGAUGAUGCAGAAAUUUGAGAAGGCUCCAGAAUCUACGGUGGUCUUCAGUGCCGACGUGGCUGUGGGCGUCCGGUCCAGAGUCCCUGGUUCUGAACCCCGACUGAUGCAGUGCUUGGCAGACUGUGCGUUGGAUCAGGCCUGUAGCUUCCUGACGGUGUCCACGGCAGGGUCGGAAGUCUCGUGUGAUUUCUAUGCUUGGGCAAGUGACAACAUCGCCUGCACACCUUCUGGUCAGGAUCAGGACACGUUGGGGAACUCGAAGGCUGCCAGCUUUGUGAGUCUUCAGUGCCAAGUGAAAGUGAGGGCCAGGGAUCAAGACCCUCUGGCUGUUUAUUUGAAAAAGGGCCAAGAAUUCGCCACAACAAGUCAGAAAAUGUUUGAACCAACUGGUUUCCAAAACACACUCUCUGGAAUGUACAGCCCCGUCGUGUUCUCAGCCGUAGGAGCUGAUCUGAGGGAGGUUUACCUCUUCUGCUUCCUUGCAUGUGACCGCGACUCGUGCUGCGAUGGCUUCAUCCUGGCGCAAGUGCAAGGAGGUCCCAUCAUCUGUGGGUUGCUGAGCUCCCCCGACGUCCUGCUUUGCAAUGUCGAAGACUGGAGGGACCCGUCCGAAGCCCAAGCGAAUGCUACAUGUCCUGGUGUGACCUACGACAAGGGGAGUGGCCAGGUGACAUGGCGUCUGGGAGGCCAGGAGUUCAAGAGUCUGACACCCCUGGAAGGAACUCCGGACACCUUUACCAGUUUCCAGCAAGUUUAUCUCUGGAAAGAUUCUGACAUGGGAUCUCGGUCUGAGUCUAUGGGAUGUAGAAGAGAGGUGGAGCCAAAGCCAGUAUCUCCAGCAGAAACAGACUUGACGACAGAGUUUUUCUCCCCUGUGGACCUUACCCAGGUCAUUGUCAGUGAGAACCGAUCCCUGCCCAGCCAGCAGCACUGGCUUUUCAAACACCUAUUUUCACCUCCGCAGGCAAACCUGUGGUGCCUUUCUCGCUGUAUCCAGGAGCCCUCUUUCUGCCAGCUGGCGGAGAUAAGAGACAGCACCCCCUUGUACUUCACCUGCAUCCUCUACCCAGAGGCCCAGCUGUGUGAUGACGUCCUGGAGUCCAGUCCCAGGGGCUGCAGACUGACCCUGCCCCACAGGCCAACAGCCCUGUUCCGGAAGAAAGUUGUACUGAAAGAAAAAGUGGAGAACUUUUACACUCGCCUGCCAUUCCAAAAGCUGACGGGGAUUUCCAUUAGAAGCAAAAUGCCCAUGUCUGACAAGUCUAUUUCCAGUGGCUUCUUCGAGUGUGAACGACAGUGCGAUGUGGACCCGUGCUGCGUCGGCUUUGGCUUUCUGAACGUUUCCCAGUUAAAAGGAGGGGAGGUGACAUGCCUAAUUCUGAACAGUCUGGGGCUUCAGACAUGCAGUGAGGAAAAUGGAGGAGCCUGGAACAUUUCGGACUGUGGCUCUGCCGACACUGAGGUCAGCACCUACCCCUUCGGAUGGUACCAGAAAUCUGUUGCUGGAAAUGAUGCUCCCAGUUUUUGCCCUUCAGUGGUUCUGCCUUCCCUCACAGAGAAAGUCACUCUGGACUCGUGGCAAUCCCUGGACCUCUCUUCAGUAAUUGUUGACCCGUCCAUCAGGACCUUCGCUGUGGCCCACGUCAGCACUGCUGCCACCAGCGACUUCUCGGCUGCCCAAGACCUCUGUCUGUCGGAGUGUUCCCGUCACCAGGCCUGCCUUGUCACUGCUCUACAGACCCGACCUGGGACUGUGAGAUGUGUGUUCUAUCCUGACACCCAGAUCUGCACGCAUAGCCUGCAGGCCCAGAACUGCCAACUUCUGCUCCGUGAAGAGGCCUCCCGUAUCUACCGGAAGCUGAAUAAUCCUCUGCUCAGUUUUGGGACAUCUGCACCUUCUGUGACCAUCCCCACCCACGGCCAGCUGCUGGGUAGGUCCCAGGCCAUCCAGGUGGGCACUUCAUGGAAGCAAGUGGACCAGUUCCUGGGAGUGCCGUAUGCUGCCCCGCCCCUGGCAGAGAGCCGCUUCUGGGCACCGGGGCGCUUGAACUGGACAGGGUCCUGGGAUGCCACCAAGCCACGGGCCAGCUGCUGGCAGCCAGGCAUCAGCCUGCCCACCUCUCCUGGCGUUAGCGAGGAUUGCUUGUAUCUCAACGUGUUUGUUCCUCAGAGUGUGGCCCCCAACGCAUCUGUGCUGGUGUUCUUCCACAACAGCAGGGAGGCCAGGGGGCGCGAAGAGCACCUGGCCUUGGACGGCUCCUUCCUGGCUGCUCUCGGCGACCUCAUCGUGGUAACCGCUGGCUACCGAGUGGGCGUCUUUGGCUUCCUGAGUUCUGGGACCAGCGAGGUGAGUGGCAACUGGGGGCUGCUGGACCAGGUGGCGGCUCUGACCUGGGUACAGACCUACAUCGGAGUGUUUGGUGGGGACCCUCGGCGAGUGGUCCUGGCAGCUGACCGCGGCGGAGCGGACGUGGCCGGCAUCCACCUUCUGACCAGCAGGGCUGCCGACUCCAGACUCUUCCGGAGAGCCGUGCUGAUGGGUGGCUCUGUGUUGGCCCCCGCUGCUGUCAUCAGCCAGGACAGAGCUCAGCAGCAGGCAGCUGCUUUGGCAGAGGAGGUCGGCUGCCCCACCUCGUCCAUCCAAGACAUGGUAUCCUGCCUCCGCCAGAAGCCAGCCAACAUCCUCAAUGAUGCCCAGACCAAGCUCCUGGCUGUGAGUGGCCCUUUCCACUACUGGGGUCCUGUGGUCGAUGGCCGGUACCUCCGGGAGGCUCCAGCCAGAGCGCUGCAGAGGUCCCCGCGGGCGCGGGUCGAUCUGCUUCUCGGCAGUUCUCAGGAUGACGGGCUCAUCAGCAGAGCGAAGGCUGUGAAGCAAUUUGAGGAAAGUCAAGGCCGGACCAGCAGCAAAACAGCCUUUUACCAAGCGCUGCAGAACUCCCUGGGCGGUGAGGACGCAGACACUGACGUCCAGGCUGCCGCCACGUGGUAUUACUCUCUGGAGCACUCGGCAGACGACUACGCCUCCUUCUCCCGGGCCCUGGAGAACGCCACCCGGGACUACUUUAUCACCUGCCCCGUGAUCGACAUGGCCCGACACUGGGCGAGGAGGGCCCAAGGAAACGUCUUCAUGUACCACGCGCCCGAAAGCUAUGGCCACGGCAGCCUGGAGCUGCUGACUGAUGUUCAAUAUUUCUUUGGACUUCCCUUCCAUCCUGCCUACGAGGGGCAGUUUACUCUGGAAGAGAAAAGCGUGUCACUGAAAGUCAUGCAGUACUUUUCCAACUUCAUCCGAUCGGGAAACCCCAACUACCCUCAUGAGUUCUCGAGGAAAGUGCCAGAAUUUGCAGUGCCCUGGCCUGACUUUGUGCCCGGUACCAAUGGAGAGAACUACAAGGAGUUCAGCCUCCUGCUCCCCAAUCGACAGGGCCUGAAAAAGGCUGACUGCUCCUUCUGGUCCAAGUACAUCCGGUCUCUGAAGGCGUCAGCAGAUGAAAUCAAGGAUAAGCCGCCCGCACAGAGCGAAGAGGAGGACGGGCCGGCCGGCUCCGGCCUGAGAGAAGACCUCCCAGAUCCAGGCCCCAAGAGCUACAGCAAGUGACCAACCCGAGACCCACCCCCGCCAGCCACACCCCAGGCUGCCACCCUGGGCACCUUAUUCUCUAA